AUGGAUACCAAGCAGCACCCGGACGCAGACGCCGAGCGACGACUCACCGACGGCAUUUUCGGCCUGGGAAGGCCGCUGCCCCCCAUCGUCCGGCGAGGGAUGCGUUCGCCGCAGAGGCGCCCGGAAGAGGAUGCCGAAGGGAAACGCGGAGGGCAGGACUUGGAGACGGGGCGCACAGGCGCUGCUGGAGGGGACGAUAGCAGACAGCGCGAGAAGCCGCUGCAAGAGGGUGACUGUCCGCGUCUCGGUGUGGUUAGACCUUUUGACCGCGACCCUAAUCACCGAGCCAGACUUUCGCCGCGGAAUUUGGCGGCUAUUCCGGAGGAAGUAGGUGGCGGCGCUGGCACCAUUCCGAGCCUCACAGGAGGAUGGGUAGACGGUGCGCCUGAUCAACAAGGGAUGACGACGGCAUGGUUACCUCUACCUGUUGUUGGCGAUCGGUCUACUCAGCUGCAAGAGCGUGGCUCAAACAACGAAAGUCAACCUUCAAAGGAGCGAAGACUAGACGAUGGGGAUGUCCCGAAACAGGCUCCUGAUACCAGUGCAAAGGACUGGAUCUCUAAUGCUCAGGACCUAGAAACAAUCUCAACGUCAGACUCAACCAAGAGGGAGAACGACUAUGACGAACUCGAGCGAAUCUCCACCUUAGAGAUUGAAGAAGACUUCCUAGACCAAACCGAAUACGACGUCCACCGCAACCGCUGGUCCCGCAUUCGCGCCCGCUACCCCCAACCCCUCGCCGAAUUCCUCGCAACAGCCGUAUCAACCUACAUCGGCCUCGCCGGCUCUCUCACCGAGAUGACAUCCUCCAACACCGCCGGCACCUUCUUCACGCGCUGCCUCUCCGGCGCGCAUCUCAACCCGGCCAUCUCGAUAACCUUCUCGCUACACCGCGGCUUCCCCUGGCGCCACUGCAUCAUCUACAUCAUCUUCCAGCUGCUCGGCAACAUCUGCGCGUCCGUGGCCGCCUACGCCGUCUUCAACGACGCGAUCUGCCGCUUUGAUCCAGGCCUCACGCCCGGCGGGACCGGCGGCGCAUUUUUCACGAUUCCGCAGCCGUGGGUCCGGCCGGGGACGGCCUUCUUCGGCGAGUUCCUCGCCUCCGCCAUCCUCGUGAUCGCGAUAUUGGCGCUGGGCGAUGACAUGCACACCCCUCCGGGCGAGGGCAUGAAUCCCUUCGUCAUCGGGCUCGUCGUCACGGUUCUGCAGAUCACAAUGGCGUAUAACACCGGCCCGUGCCUGAAGCCUGCCAAAGACCUCGGGGGGAGCCUCGGCGCGCUGGGAGUCGGGUAUGAGGACGCGUUCAGGGGCGGGUGGUGGAUAUGGGGCGCGUGGGGGGCGGUGAUCUUGGGGACAGCGGUGGGGGCUGCGACGUAUGAUGCGUCGGUGUCUGUUGGGGGCGAGAGUCUGGUGAAUUAUGGGUGGCCUGGGCGCAGGGAGUUGAGCGGAAAGUGGAGGAGGGUUAGGGAGAAGGCCCUCUCCCUGACCCUCCCCCUCGCCGCCGCCUCCCUCGCCUACCUCAACGCCAAAACAGGCCUCAGCAACGACUGGGCUCUCCUCUCCGCCUACAUCGCCGCGCACAUCUCCCUACACCGCACCGCCUCGCGCGACACCCUAAACCUCUUCUACGUGCUCGAGACCCAUGCUCUCCACCCGACCCAGUCUCAGCACGCCUUCCUCAUCUACGGCGGCAAGAGCUGGAACUAUGGGGAGGCCUACGCGGAGGUGCUAAGGUGGGCUGCGUGGUUGAAAGAUGGCAAGGGUGUGGGGAAGGGGGAGGUCGUGGGGCUCUGCAUGGUGAACAGCGACACCUUCGUCUGGAUCUGGUUCGCGCUCUGGAGUCUGGGCGCCACGCCCGCGUUCCUGAACUACAACCUCCGCGGCGCGCCGCUCGUGCAUAGCGUAAGGGCCAGCGGGGCGAGACUUGUGCUUGUGGAUGAGGAAGUUACAGCCUCCUUCGCAGGGGAAGUCGGGAAAGAGCUGGAGGGCGUGGAGGUAGUGAUCGUGGGGCAGGAGGUGCUUGGGGAGGUGCAGGGAACGCGAGGGUGGAGGGAGAAGGACGAGAUGAGACGAGGGGUCCAGAUGCGGGACCUCGCAGUCCUGAUAUACACAUCUGGCACGACGGGGCUGCCGAAGCCGGCGGUUGUGAGCUGGCAGAAGGCGAGGGUUGGGGCGGGGCUGGUAGCGCGGUGGCUGCCGCUGAAGAAGCAGGAUAUCUUCUACACUGCAAUGCCCCUCUACCACUCCUCCGCCGCGAUCCUCGGCCUCGUCUCCUGCCUUAUGGCCGGCACGACCCUCUCCCUCGGCCGCCGCUUCUCGCACGCAACCUUCUGGCCCGACGUCCGCCGCUCCAAAGCAACCGCGAUCCAAUACGUUGGCGAAACCUGCCGGUACCUUCUCGCCGCCCCGCCAUCCCCUCUCGACAAACAGCACAGCGUCCGCUUCGCCUUCGGCAACGGCAUGCGGCCCGAUGUCUGGGAGCGCUUUCAGCAGCGCUUCGGUAUCGACACUGUUGCGGAGUUCUACGCCGCGACAGAGGGUCCGGGGGGUUUGUUCAACAAGAGCCGGAAUGCGUUUUCGAGAGGCGCGGUGGGGAGGAACGGGACGAUUAUGUAUCCGUGGUUUGCGCUGCAGAUGUUGAUCGUGCGGCUGGACUUCGAGACCAACAAGCUCCUCCGGGAUGAAAAGACUGGGCUGUGCAUACCAGCCGCCUGGGACGAGCCGGGGGAGCUGCUGUUCCGUCUCGAUGCGAAGGAUGUGGAGAGCAAGUUCCAGGGGUAUUUUCGGAACCGGGACGCGUCGAACAGCAAGAUUGUGAGGGAUGUGAGGAAGAAGGGGGACGCGUAUUUCAGCUCCGGGGAUGUUAUGCGCUGGGAUCGGGAAGGCAGAUGGUGGUUCUGUGACCGCAUUGGGGACACGUAUCGCUGGAAGAGCGAGAAUGUCUCGACGGCUGAGGUGGGGGAAUGCCUGGGGCGCCACGAGGCGGUGAGCGAGGCGAACGUGUAUGGUGUCCUGGUUCCGGGGCAUGAUGGCCGUGCUGGAUGCGCUGCUAUUCUGCUGCACGGGGCUGAAUCUGCGGUGGAUGGGCAACCGCCGGAACUAUCGGACAAGGUCCUGAAGAGCUUGGCGGAGCACGCGAUGGGCACCUUACCCGGAUACGCUGUGCCCAUCUUCUUACGAUUUACACGCCAGAUGGAGAUGACGGGUACGAACAAGCAGCAGAAGCACGUUCUAAGAGAGCAGGGAUGCGAUCCGGAGAAAGUAAGCCGAGCGGGCGACAGGCUGUAUUGGCUAAAGGGCGGGACAUACAUGCCGUUCGAAAGGAAAGACUGGGAUGAGAUCACAGCUGGGAGAGUCCGGUUAUGA